CCAUAUCCGACAGCAUCCUAUCACACGUGAGAUAGCAUGCCUACGAAGAAGGUGAAAGAUAGUGAGCGGCGGCGAUGUGCCAGGGCAUGCACAAACUGCAAGCGGCGCAAGGAGCGCUGCGACGGGAGACAACCAUGUCGACGCUGUCUAGAUAGGGGAGUUGGCUCGGAAUGCAGUCUUUGUCCUCCUCGCCGCUCUUCUCGUGCGGCUUCGGCGCUGCCAAGUCCACUGUCCGAAUUUUCGGACCCUCGAUCUACAACAAUCGAGUCCAGGAAUGGCUCGCUGUUAAAUCAUACCGAUGGGCAAUCUCACGGUUUUCAACAUGAGAUGGCACUACGCUUCCCUCAUUUUUCAAGGCUGAUAAGGGAUGACAGAGGCACCUUCAUGUUCAUCGGCGACUCUGCCAACCACAGCUUCCUCCAGAAUGUCCGCCGAAUCGUUCACCGGCACGUGGGCGAUUGCAUCUUCGUUAAUGAUCCGCUUCGCCAUCACAUGGUUGAGGCAUGUCCAAGCAAGGGGCACAAUUUGAUCCUCGACAAUGGUACGGCACCGCCACCAAAACCAACCGAGGACGAGGCCAGGUCUUUUGUGCUUUGGUACCGACAGGCUACGCAUUCCAUUCUCGAAUUUGCCACGUACUCCCUGAUACUUGCCAUUGGUGCUCAGGCGUGUCCCGAAGACUAUGACGAAACAGCGGACAAGCACUUCAACUACGGAAGAUAUGUGACGCUGGCUACUCUCAUGGAUGAUCCAAGCAUCGCGACUACCCAAUGUCAUGUUCUCAUAGCCAUGUAUCUCCUGGCUCAAUCACGCAGAAAUGCUGCCUUCAUGUACUUGGGUAUAGCUGUGCGUGGCGCCUAUGCGUUAGGCCUUCACAGAGAAGAUGUUUCCGCAUUGUAUGAUACGACCGAAUACAUGACGCGAGAGCGUUUGUGGAAAGGUAUCAGGGCCCUGGAUCUAUUCAUGAGCGCGUCACUAGGUAGGCCUCCGGCCACACUGGAGACUCGGGAUACUUCGUCCAAGGAGAACUAUUCAGCCAUGAACGACCUGUCCUUCAUAUUUGAGAACAUCCUGACUGAAGUGUAUGCAAAGCGAAUGAUCACAACUGAAUGCCUGACGAAGAUUAGCGAGCUUCAUCGCAGCUGGGCGGCUAGAUUUAGUGGUGGCCAGGGCGUGGAGAGCAUCGACACGCAUCCUCACGAAGAGACACCGAGAAGGGGAGGGGUUGGACCUAAUAUUGGACUUAUUCACCUCAAAGAGGCAUACUAUUGGACCAUAAUGUUGCUAUCCCGACCAUUUCUCAUCGACUAUGUCUCUUCGAUAUCGCCACCAGAGACGGGCUCGCCUCCCAACUCGACCCACCAUACAUCAACACCAUCCCCUUCACGCAACAUACUCGCUCAAGCAUGUGUGGAUUCUGCCGUGCGGACAAUCGACCUUCUACAGCCACUCCUAACGAACAAGUCGACACCAAAAAGGCUGCCGUUUAUCGUGAAUUCAGCAUUCGCAGCGUCGCUUAUUAUCGGGCUUUCUCUCUUUAGCGAUCUAGAGGGAUCAAUGCCAUUACGAAGGAAGCGACUUGGAGAAGCGUGUAAGAUUCUCGAAAAGUUCAGUGUGCAUGAUCUAGUUACGAAGCGUUACUUGGGCAUUGUGGAAAAGAUGAUCAGUGCCUGCGAUACGUUCCUGGAGCUGCAACAGCGGAAGAGGAUGGAAUACAACAACGACUUGAUCGGAAGGCUCUUCGGCCGGGUUGAUGCAGAGCCGCCAGUGAGCAAUGCCGGACCUACCCACGAGGCUUCUGGAAGCAACAUCGCGCAGUGGCAGGGAGUUUGGGACUCCGAGCCUGCAACGGCUAAUCAACCGACCCCAUCGGCGACGGGAAGUGGCGGUCUGGUCAAUGACAAGACGAGCUAUGGAGAACUUGACGAAGCGCAGUAUCAGGGUGGGCAGAACAGAGGCACGAUGAUGCAGCAAGAUGACGGUGGCGAUCCGUCGGUUCAGAAUCUUAGCGACAUUGGGAGCUUCUUAUCCCCGAGGACACUUUGGUUCGAUGCUUAUGAUAGUGGCGCACUGUUUCCUAUGGUCGGGAGCAGUAUGCUAGAGUUUGCAAGCUUGGAGGGAGAUCAAACUAUGUAG